GGAGUCAUUGGGAGCCAGUGAACAAGUCUGAGGAAGAUACGGAGAGAGAGAGAGGGCGUGCAUGUGAUGUGCAGAAGGGACAGACCCUCCAGAUUCUGCUGCUAGCCCCCCUGCUGCAUGUGUGUGCCUGUCUAUGUGUGUGUGAGAGAGGGGGAGACAGAGAGAGAGAGAGGAGAGGAAGAAGAGAAGGAGAAAGGAAGGAAGGAGGAGAACAGCCCAACACACCUAACCAUGCUGUGCUGUAUGAGGAGGACCAAACAGGUUGAUAAGAAUGAGGACGCAGACCAAAAAAUCGAACAAGAUGCAAACAAACCAGAGGACAAGGCUCACAAAGCAGCAACCAAAAUCCAGGCCAGCUUCCGUGGACAUAUAAUCCGGAAAAAAAUGAAGGGGGACAAGAAGGGAGAUGAAUAUAAUGGAGAAGCAGCAGAGAAUCACAAGGAUGAGGCCAAGGCGGAAACAGGAAAGACAGAGAAUGACAUCUCCAAAACAGAGGAGCCCACUGCCGAUGGACCUUUGUCUGAAGACGAUAAGAAGAAAGCAGAGAGCUCUUCGGAAGAUAAAAAGCAGGAGGCAGGUUCAGAAGCAGAAGCCAAAAAGUCAGCCAAGACUCCUUCAGAAGAGAAGCACGCCCCCGCGGAGUCAGAGGGCGCCGGGAAGGGCACUACUGACAAGUCCUCGGGUGGCGACGCCAAUAAAGCUAAAGAUGACUCCAAACAAGCCGAUGUGCCUGCUACUAGCCCAGAAGCUGCCCCGGCAAAAGACAAACCCAAACAGGAGACAGUGGACAGCAGUCAAGAUGAUGGAAAGAAAGGAGAUGACGUAGAUGGAACCAAACCUAGCGAAAGUGCCCAACAAGAAGAGGCCGUCAGUAACGAGAGCAAGGCUGACCAAGAAGAUGCCUGAACAGAAUGAAACGUCUCCCCUCUUACUCACCUCUUGGACUCCAACGUUCUACCCUAUGGCUCCCCCUCCCCCCGCGACCCUCUUCCUGCUCCUCAUGUGGGCUCCUCCACCUCACUACCCCCCUACUCUUUCUCUGUGUGGCAGAACAUGUAAAAGGCAGGAAAAAAAGUUUCAGUCCAACAGUGUGGCUUAAACAUUCUAAGUGUUUCUUGGUGUUGUUAUGGCAAGUUUUCAAGUACGGACCAAUCCGGUUCAUUUUGGACAUUCUCUUGCACUGUAUCCGAGUUUAAUUCCAGCUCCUGUGCUCUUCUCUCUCUUUCUCUCUGUUACGCUGUGUGCAAUGUUGCGUUAAACUAAUGGGUUUCCCAAUCUAUCCAGUGAAUUUCAAAAGGCGUCUUCUAUUUUUGUUUUUCGUUAUGUUACUUCUCGUUCAUUUAUUUGUUUUUUGUUUUUUUAUUAAAUUCUUGUUUAUCUUCAAUGUGAUGGAAUGAACUUAUCGAACAAAAUAAUAAUAAUAAUUAGCCCGCCCUACAGUUUGUUUUCCAAAAUAAAGCGAUGUGCCAAUUAGCGUAUACAGCC